GCAGUAUUAGAGCUGUUCGGUGUGCAAUGUUGCCUUUUUGUUUUAACUCUUUAUUUGCUUUAUAAACAUUACAGCCAUAACUACAAGGUCUUGUAGCCGAAAUGAUUGCCCUCUGCUAGAUGUAGCCCUGUGGGACCAGAAAGUAGCUGCUGCAUCAUAUCUCGCCAUACUUCCCAAAAUUAUGUAUAGUGGUGGUUUCGCACCUUGUAUCCUCGUAUGUCAGAAAUAGAAAGCUUAUUGGGCCCCAGUUCUUCCUAGUCAUAGAUUUCAUUACAUACUUGGCAUCACUUGGCAAAGUGCUGAAGCUGGUAACUUUGGGAUUUGUUUGUGUUUCAAUCAUGUUUUAUCUAAAUGUAUCUACAGACGAAAUCUGAUUUUUAAACUAAAGAGCCCGUUUUAUUUCCUCUUCUUUGGAAUAGAGAUAUCCCGGUAGUGAAGUGUGGGCUCUGUCAUCUGUCAGUCUUGGCUGUCAGUGUUUCUCAGUGUGAAGUGAUGACAAUUACAGAUGCUUGGUAUUGGGGAGUUGUGUGACAUAAUACGUUUCUGUGAUACCUCAGAUGACUUAUCCCAGACCAAAAACACUAGGCGCUGCUCUAUGACCUGAUUUUUGGACAUGAGGGCCAAAUACCUACAGAGGCACGGAGAACCCCUGCAGUGCACCACACAGUGAGCUGGUUAAGGUCUUAUGAGUUUGGACAGAGUGAGGAAUGUGAACCCUCACACGGUCCUCUACAAGCUGCAAAAAGGAAAGCUCAUUAAAGUCUAGACUUGAGAGGGAGCAUGGAUUUGAGGAGCACUGCUGCAUAAUAAGAAGUAAACGUGACGCAUUUUGACUGCUUCAGAGGUCUCAUCUGCUUUACUGUCACAGUUCAGCCAAGCACUUGGUGCAAAGUUCAUAUUUGAAAGCCGUCCAAACUGAAAAAAGGCAGUCACAAAUGAUCAUCAUUCCAAUAAGUUUGACCUCCCGAUCUGAGAAGACGCAGGAUAAUCUAUUAGGCUUUGUGUCUAAGACAGCCAUGUGAGUUGAGUUGCUCCGUUCAGUGCUCAGCUCGCCCUCCCCGUGUGGUCUUAAUGCUCUCAGAGCUGCUGUCCAAUUCUCAGAAAGGAUCAGAGUCAGCAUGCACAGGAAGACAGGGAGGUUUUCUAGUGAACAACCCGCCCUGCUGCAUACUCAUUAUGGCAAGGAGGGCGUAAGGUUGUCCGAGGUCAACCAACUGUCAGUACCAUAUGCAAAGGUAAUGCACUGUAAAUGGCUCUUCAAGCAAGACACAGAAGUUCUUACAGCAGUUCCACGUCAGACGUUCAGUUUGUCUUUACCUGCGCUGCAGUUUGAAGACGCUGGCACCCUGCCGGGCCGCAGCCUUCAGAGAAACCGAAUCUGAGAGCUUCCCACAUCUCAUAAUAACUCGAGAGGAAUUUAGUUUCAAAUGUUCAGCAUCAAAGACACUGAGCCUUUGAUUUUUGCCGUCUGAUUUUUAAGUUUAUGGAACAAAACCUGGAACAGAUUGUAUGUCUUUCCAACUUCAUUUCCUACCUUGGACAGCAUGGAUGCUCUCUUUGAAUCAGGUUGACUAUAUUUCACCUCAUCCCCUCCUUCCUGUCUCUUCAGUAGAAGGAGGGUGGGGGAUUGGUGAGGCUCCCCUACCCCUCCUUGUCGAGUGGGCGAGUCUACCUAGGCACCAUAACAGUUGCUCAUUUCUGUUGCCUUGAGCUCCCACCAACUCCAUCCCUCCAUUCCCUCUCCCUCUUCAUGAAAUCCUGCCAGAGCCUCAAGGAAGAGGUUUCCGUCCCUAGCCUUGGCGGGAUGUCACAGGAGGAAGGACGCAGGGCACAGGUGUCCCAGUCCUAUUUUCACCCCCCUAACCCAGAUCUGGACCUGACGGGCAAGCUUCAUAGGAGGGAGGUAGGUGGCAAGCCCUAUUCUGUGUUAGUGGACAAUAAAAUGGCAACCAAGACAUCUAUGGGAGAUGUGAACAUUGGUCUGUUGCCCACUCAGCAUGUGACUCAACAGCAGCAUCAGCAGUAUUUCAGAGAGGGAGGAGCAGGGCAGGAGUUGGGCACACAGGGUUCCCAGGCCGGCAACGAGGGCACCUCCGAUGACACUGAAGAUGAUGACGAAGAUGAGGAAGAAGAGGGCGAGGAGGAGGGCUUCAAGCGUGAGCAGAUCAUCGUCGAAGUUAACCUGAACAAUCAGACCCUUCACGUAUCCAAGGGGGACAACAAAACUGGAACCACAGCGGAAGACUCAGAGAGAGCCGGCAGUGACGAGGACGACGACGAGGAGGAUGAGGAGGAGGAAGAGGAGGAGGAGGAAGAGGACAGCCCCGAUGAAGAGGAGGAGGAAGACGACGAGGAAGAUGAGAUUGAAAGUCGAAGAACAAGGUCAAAGAGGGCCCGUCGGGGCGCUAGUAGCACAGCAGCUCCCAGCCAGCCGCGGAGGAAAAGCCUCCGAACAGCUCUGAGCACCGCCACCGCCGGGAUGACCACCAGGGGGCGACGGACGCGCAUAGAGCCUCCAAAGAGCAAGCGCAGAUCGGCAAGGUCAGCCCCAUCGUCUGCCGGUUCCACGACCACGACGGCGGGAGGGAAAGCAGACGUGGAGGAGAAGGAGAUGCUGGCGUGUGAAAAGUGCCCCCGAGUGUUCAACACGCGCUGGUAUCUGGAGAAGCACAUGAAUGUCACACACAGAAGAAUGCAGAUCUGUGACAAGUGUGGCAAAAAGUUUGUCCUGGAGAGUGAGCUGGCCUUACACCAGCAGACUGACUGUGAGAAGAACAUCCAGUGUGUCUCCUGCAACAAGUCUUUUAAGAAGCUGUGGUCACUGCACGAGCACAUUAAGAUCGUGCACGGCUAUGCGGAGAAGAAGUUCUCAUGUGAAAUCUGUGAGAAGAAGUUCUACACUAUGGCUCACGUCCGUAAGCACAUGGUUGCUCACACCAAGGACAUGCCGUUUACCUGUGAGACAUGUGGGAAGUCAUUUAAACGCAGCAUGUCUUUAAAAGUUCACUCUCUGCAGCAUUCUGGAGAGAAGCCCUUCCGUUGUGAGAACUGUGACGAGCGGUUCCAAUACAAGUACCAGCUGCGCUCCCACAUGAGCAUUCACAUCGGACACAAGCAGUUCAUGUGCCAAUGGUGCGGCAAAGACUUCAACAUGAAACAGUAUUUCGAUGAGCACAUGAAAACACACACAGGAGAGAAGCCUUUCAUUUGUGAGAUCUGUGGGAAGAGCUUCACCAGCCGGCCCAACAUGAAGCGCCACCGUCGCACCCACACCGGGGAGAAGCCCUAUCCCUGCGAGGUGUGCGGCCAGCGCUUCCGCUUCUCCAACAUGCUCAAAGCACACAAAGAGAAGUGCUUCCGGGUCACCAGCCCUGUGGUUCUGCAGACCAGCGGCCCACCUGUGCCUGUCCGCAUCUUUGCCAACACCUUCUCCUCCUCCUCCUCCUCCUCCUCUUCCGGACCCGGCCCCUCAGCCGCCACCCCAGCCACCACCUCAGCACCCCUGGGCCUCAGCCCGUCAGGAGGACCCAUGCCUCCGCGAGGUCCCGUGGGACACACGUUCUCCCACGUGCAGCUUCACUCAACCCCCUCUCACCAUCACCCCCACCCCCCGACAACCCAGCAACACCUCUCAAACACACCCCAACACGCCCCACCUCACCCCCACCACCACCUGGCCGCACCCCCAGUCUCCCACCUGCCCCCUCCCCCGGCCCUUUUCAAGAGUGAGCCCCUAAACCACUGCGGGCACGAGGACAGCGGCUACCUGCACCACAUGGCCCCACCUGACAAGGGUCCCGGAGCCCCACAACACCACUGAACUGUGCUCCGAGUCUGCAGACCCACACCAAACCGCGCCUUGUUCCUCCUUUUCCCGUAGUCCUGCCUCAGUCUCUCUAAGUUGCAAGGCCCCUAAUGAAAGGGUGCUCCUCUCGAACAGAUCUAAAUAAGUCAAGCUAAACAUACACACUUGUGUAUAUGUGAAAGAUUCAAACUAAUACGCCCUGAGUGCACACAGUAUUUAAGUAAGAAACUUAAAAACCCUGGUCAACUGACAAAGAUUUUACAACCUCUAGAAUUUUUUUUUUCUUGAACAUUUUCUUAGGAAAUAUACACAAAAUUAUUCCUCCUGUGAGUUCUCUAUCUGUACGUUAAUGGGUGUAAAGUAUCUCCUUUUCAUCAAAAGCUGCUGAUGGAAGUCGAUGUAUGUAUUACCUGGGCUUCGUCGAUCAUCAAAGAUCAGUGUCAUUGAACUUUCCUCUUAAUGUCAAGUUGACUUGUGGUUGCACAUUGGUCAGGACUUUUGCUUUAUGUGCAGGGUCCUCCCCAUAGCAAUACUCAAACUGUCCUCCUUGUUGUACUGCAGAGCUGGGGGCCACACAGAAAUGUUUUAAUGAAUGUUGUAACUGGUUCUACCUGAGCCUUCCUCUGUCCUAAGGCCAAGGAUGUGGCUUUCUGUCAGAGGGGCGGCAGCAGUAGUGCGAGACGCAGUGCCAUAGGUUACAGUACGGAGGGGAGGGGGGGGGGGGGGGGGGUUGUGAAGGACAUUAAGAAAAAGAAGGUUUUGUAAAUGGUUAGUCGAAUCUAGACAUGGUCUUAGAUUCUUAUCAUGGUUAAAUGGUGCUUUCCAUUCCAGUACAUGAGAUAUUUCUUAAUUUUGCUUAUCCAUUCGAUUUUCAAAAGUGUAAUAUUACAAAAUAACAAUGUAUUGUGUCGUACAGAACAUGUCUUGCCAGCCUGGUUUUUCUACAAAGGGGUUUGAGGUUUGGCUACAUAUUUUGUGAUUUAAGAAACUCAAGUCAUGCAGGACAUGCUCUAGGCACUCACACCCUCACACUUACUCAAGCACACACUCACACACAAAAGACAAAGACCAUAUGGUCACUGAUUUACUUACUGUGAUCAGUGCAACCUCAGCUUUCAGUACUGUUGGUCAAUAGAUGCUUUUAGAUAACAGAUGACUGUCAAAUACUGCCACUGUGAGGGGCCAGACACAUGGCCCCAUCAGGAUUUACCCCACCUCCCUUCGCUGCUGUCGAAACGAUACGGGUUACCAUGUUAAAGGUCAUUUGACAUACACAGUAUACACACCUGGGACCUUUUUCAUCACAGUUCUUAACAGGCAAUUAUGCAUAUUCCUCUCAGCCUAUAUUCCACUGUUUGGUGUGGGGAGUUGUUGUAAUGUAAAGUUUAGAUUUUUUGACUUACUCCGUUCUGACAUACUUUGAUCCACACAGGCAAACAAGUGUCUAAAACCUGAUGAAUGUUGCCUAACGCAGAAUGAUGGCUGAUGAGUCAUUCAUGUUUGUUUUUUUUGUUUUUUUUUUAUAUUCUCUGAUAAUUUGCUCAGUUUUAAGCUAAUGAAUGGUUCUGUAGUAUAGAUAUACUGUUGUUAGUAUAUAGAACUGUCAGGAUAAAAAGCAGUGGUCAUAAAAAAAAAAAAACUUCUAAUACUUGGAACUCUUUAUAUAGAUAAGCAUACAUGUGAUCAAGUCAGCGCAAGAAGAUUACAUUUAUAAAUGUAAUAGCCGAUGGUGUGAAUGUUAUUUGUCUAAAGAAGCAGAAAUGGUUGGCAAGUAUUUGGCAUGAAUUUGGGGUUGCUUGGUUGUUAGCCCUUCACCCAGUCUGACUGUGUUUAGGAGCAACAUUAAGCUAUGUGUGUGUGUGUGUGUGUGUGUGUGUGUGUGUGUGUGUGUGUGUGUGUGUGUGUGUGUGUGUGUGAGAGAGAGCGAGCGGACAGUAUGUGUGCAUGUAUUAGUCUCUACCUAACUGUCUGGUUGUCCCCAGUGCUCUUGUACCAAAAGCUGCUUUUACACAGCGUGCCCCCAAUAUAUUUGUAUUUUGGGGGAUAAUAUCUGAAGAUGAGAUGGACAAUAGCAGUAAAUUUUAACAUACAUGACCCUCCUUCUACCGUUUUAAACGUAUUCAGUCUGAAGUGGUUAAUCUCAGUAGUUUUAGGAUGUCACUUCUUUGAUUUUUUGAGACCUGCAAUUAUCCUGCCAUUUCUGUGGGUCUUAAUGCCGCUGCGUUAUUUUUCUUAUCAUCUUGUUCCCCCCUCGGGUUCACUGUUGUUUUUUUUGGCUUCAGCAUUUUGCAGUAUGGAUCUUUGUCUUGUCUUUUUUUUUUUUUUUUUUUUUUUUUUUUUUUUUAAAGCCUUUUUCAUUUGUGUGUAUUCUCUGCACUUUACUGCUGCGUGGGUGAGGCGCAGGGAAGGGAGGGACUGACAAUGCAUUGUGGAACAGAGUGCAGUUGUGGCUGCAUGGGGGAAAGGGUGGAGGUGAUUACUUUGAGUGGAUGUUUUUUAGGCAAGGAAAGGAGGAGAAUCCCCGAGUGGAGGCGGGGUAGUGUGGAAGGGACCAUAGCAAACGAAGGACAUUUCUUUUACUAUGUGUGUAAAUUAUAUUUCCUAUUUUUUAAAAGAAAUACAACUUUUGCUCCGACAUGGACCUUUCCCCUCAAAAGUGGAAAAUAUUUUCUUCCUGCUUUGGCGACUUUACACUAGCCCCUCCAAGCUGUGUCUGAAAUACAUUCUUCUGUUAUGUUUGCUCAUGGAGUUUUCCUCUCUGUCAUGUCCUCUUUUUUUGUCUUUGAAAAGUUUGCCGGAUGGUUCUCCUCCUCCUUUCUUUGUUAUAUAGAAUGCACUUUCUACUAAAAAUUCUUGGCUAGUUAAGAAAAAAAAUAACAUUGUAUAUUCUUUAAAGAUGUUUUAAAAAUCAAUAUACUUUUUCCCCUUUGUAUUUCUAACCACUUAAUGUAGCAUUGCGUAUUUUAUUAUUGUAUCUGGUACAAAAUGUGCAGCUUUAUAAUGUCCUGGUUUGUCUUUUUUUGUAUGUUAUCUGGAGAUUGAGGAGAAGUGAAAAAGUUGGGCCUUUUUUGAUAAUGUACAUUUAACUGACUGCUAACUUUGAGAAGUAAAAACAAGUAGCCAUGAUUAUCACA